AUUGUGGGGGUAAAUAACAAGCCAUUCGCAGGCGUCUGGAUCAGUCUGUUUUCAACAUUUCAAGUUUUCGAAUCGAAAACAUUCUAGCCGGGUAGCAAUUAAGACACAAACACGUGUUGGGGUGUUAUAAAAAGCAAAAGAAAAGAUCAUAAUGAGUAAAGUUGCAGGAUACACACUUGGUUCUCUAAUCAUCGAGGGUAAGACCAAACAGGUCUUUGAUUUACCUGAACAUCCUGGCAAUUGUUUGAUAUUGAGCAAGGAUCGCAUAACAGCUGGAGAUGGUGCCCGUGCUCACGACUUGGCUGGAAAAGCUGAAAUCUCGAACUCCACAAAUGGUCAAGUUUUCCAAAUCCUCAACGAUGCAGGUAUUCAUACUGCCUACGUGAAACAGGCUGGUCCCAAGGCUUUUAUUGCCAAGAAGUGUGCAAUGAUACCCAUUGAAUGGGUAACAAGACGUUUGGCAACUGGUUCAUUUUUGAAACGCAAUCCUGGUGUUCCAGAAGGUUAUCGCUUCUCCCCUCCCAAACAAGAAACCUUUUUCAAGGAUGAUGCUAAUCACGAUCCACAAUGGUCAGACGAACAAAUUAUUUCUGCCAAAUUUAAAUUCAAUGGUGUUGAAAUUGGCAAAGUUGAAGUUGACAUCAUCAAGAAAACCACCGUUUUAGUCUUUGAAAUUUUGGAAAGAGCUUGGGCUACUAAGAACUGUGCUCUAAUCGAUAUGAAAAUUGAAUUUGGCGUCGAUGAGGAAGGUCAAAUUAUACUGGCUGACAUUAUCGACUCGGAUUCUUGGCGUUUGUGGCCUUCCGGCGAUAAACGUCUUAUGGUCGACAAAGAUGUCUAUCGUAAAUGUGCCACUGUCACAGAUGAAUCCCUGGACACAGUAAUACGCAACUACACCUGGACAAAUGAUCAACUGAAACAGAUUAUGCCAAAAUCCGAUCAUUUGGUUGUCAUUUUAAUGGGCAGUGCCUCAGACAGUGAGCACUGUGAAAAAAUCGCCAAACAUUGCAAAUCAUUUGGCCUGAACACCGAAUUGCGCGUCACCUCAGCCCACAAAGGAACCGAAGAAACAUUGCGCAUCUUACGUGAAUAUGAAGGUCGUCUGAGCAAUCUGAUAUUCAUUGCUGUAGCAGGACGUUCAAAUGGUUUGGGUCCAGUUUUGUCGGCCAACACUCCAUACCCCGUCAUCAAUUGUCCACCCCUUAAGGCCGAAGAUAAAUCGUUGGAUGUGUGGUCCAGUUUAAAUGUACCCUCAGGAUUGGGUUGUCCCACAGUUGUGUAUCCCGAAACUGCUGCCCUGCAUGCUGCUCAAAUUUUGGGUCUUCACAACUUUAUGAUUUGGGCCAAAUUGCGCACAAAACAACUGUUGAACUACACUUCGUUGAAGGUGGCCGACAAGAAAAUGCGCGGUGUCCGUAAUGCCGAUGAAAGCAAGUGAUCGGAUCGUAUAUUGCCAUGUUAUUCACAUAUUGAUGAAUUCGUUGAUUCUGAUUUUCAAACAAAUAUGUAUAUUCCUGUGUUUUGUUAAAAAAGACAAUAUUUCAAUAUAAUUAAAUUGUUUUUACAUAAAAUCUCAAAUAAA